AUGACCAGCCUCACUGUAGAGUUGCGUACCUUGCUAGAUCAGAUAUGUAGAGACAGAAAUGCCACAUGCUCUUUAAGCACGGCCAUGCAUCUCAGAGAUCAAUUGGAGGCGAAUAAAUCACACAUCAUCAAGCUUCUGGAUAACCCGCCCAAGAGCAAAGAACACCGUAGCGUGGUCCAGUCUGGCAAAACUACCGUCAAUGGCAGAGAAUACAGAGUCAAUGAUGAUUUCGUCAAGGAGGCACUCUUCUUGUCAGACCAAUUGGACAUGGAUGAAUUUGAGGCAUCUCGAUAUCUGUUAGAGGGCAUCAGAAAGGCACCUGCUAUGAACUCAACCAACCUGGAUGCUGCUGUGUACCUGUAUCACGAAGAAAGGGGCUACAUUUUGACUAUUUUGAUUGUGUUGUUGGAGGCGACAAAAGACGACACUGUGGAUACUCAACUGACAAGCGUAUUUUACAACUUUAUGGCUGAUAUCGUCGCAGACAGCACCACGAACUUUGUACAAAAGAUAUUGAAUACAGAAAAGGAAUUGACGGCCAUGAUCCAUUCGCUGUCAAAAACGGGCAUGCUGGCAUCUACAGCAACUGCCAUGGCGGCUAAUGCCAAUGCCAACAAACCACCACAACCUGCUACAUCAUCCUUAUUCCAACAGCCUCAACAGCAGCAGCCACAGCAGGAGCAACCACCUCAACAUGAACUCAAAUUUGACAGACAGACCACAUCUAUGCGUAUCGACAAGCUGACAGAUGAACGUGUUUACCUGGUCGAAAUCUUAUAUCACACCAGUUCGUUAUUCUGGUUGAACGAAGCUGAUUUAUUAGCCAUCAUCAGCAAGGCACAGUCUGCCAAUCUCUCGGAUGCCACCUGUUCAUAUAUCAUUGUCGCUUUGCUCUCUGCUUUGUCCCUUCAACGCAAACAACCAGCCAAACAGAGCUUCACCACCAACAACGCUUACCUCAAAAACAUACAUCUACACAUGACUACAAAACCAUGGAAAGUGAACACACUCAAGGCCACAGUCGAAGUUCGCUGGGCACUCACCUUGUCAGAGAUGAGUGCUACACAGCCUAGCAUCGUCGAAAACACACUGUCUAUGGGCAAGGCCAACCGAGUGGAAUUUGUGGAAUCAGCGCUAGCAUUAGACGUAUUUGGAUUCUUGAACGAUUAUCUAUUGUAUUUCAAGCAAAAUUUGACGGACGCUGCUGACAGAAAGAGCAUCAUUGGAACAGAUGACAUGGAUGUGGAUAGCUCUCAGGCUAUGGCAGUGGAUGGCUUGAUUGUGGACCCCAACGACUAUACCAAGUUCGUAGCUGACACGGCACUGGAUUUCCAAAAGUUUGUCGUUGAAGAAUUGCAACUAUUGACAGAAUCCUUCAUCUUGAACAUGUCUGAUAUCUUUAGCAACUUGAAAAAGAUGACACCUAGCACGCAACAAGCAGAUGCAGCCACUAACUCGGAAGAGGUCGCCUUUGCUCACAGCCUGCAGAAAUUCUUGACAUUAAUGGCCAGCAUCUUCAGAGACCGUCUCAAUGCAGGUCUCCAGUUCUGGGAUCAUGCCAAUGUACUGUCUACCUUCUUACCAUGGGUUCUCGAAUUCAAGACAGCGCAAGACCUUGCUGCUAUAUUUGACUUUUUGGGCAGCAUCUCAAUAGGCGAACAAUGUGCUCCACUGGCCCACAAUUUCCUCAAAAUGGGUAUUGCAGAAGGUGAUAUUAUGGCAAGUCAUUUGUUCUCGUGGGGAAAGCUGUUUAGUGCACUUCAAUUCUAUUCUAAACUGUACACGGAAAGAGCAGCCACGGAAGAGGAGCCCCCUACUAUGCCACUGCAAGAAGAGAUCACCUUGUGUAAGUUCUUGUAUGUCUGUCAGCAAGUUGUGCAAUACUCAGAUCAGGCACGUCUGGAUAUCUGGUCUAAUCCUGUGCUCAAGGCCCAUGAAUCCAUUGUUGCCAUGAUCAGCUGCCCUACUUCUACUCGAUUCCGUGCUGCCCUGUACAAUCUCCUGUCUGCUUUUUGUUCCAACUGGGGUGGUGGUAUCAACCAUGUUGGAGAGACCAUCAGCUUGCAAGUGUGGAAUACAUUGGAGUACUCUGAUAUGAUCCUUCCCGAGAAAACCAUGGCAGCCAAGGCCCCUACUGAAGCAGCAAAUUACAAUAAAGCAGCACCCUUAGCAACAGCACUUGCCAGCGAUGGUGCUACAGCAGCUCAAAAACGACAAGCUCAAGACAUCAUCAGCAAAGCAUCCGCAGCAGCGACAGCAGGUAGCAGUGGCAGCAAACCAGCCAGACCUACACCUACUUACUAUUUGCCUGAACAACCUGCUGGUUUUGUGCGUGAAUAUUCGGAUGAAAAGAAUAGACGACUCUACACGGAAACCAUGUCUGUACUGAAUCUAUUUUCUUCAUUGAUCCACACAGAAAGCAAAAGAGAUCAACUCGUGUCUGGCUUUGUACCUACUGCCAACUCCAUCCCCUUCUGUUUGGGCCAUGACAACCAUCGUUCUCCUGGAACAGCACCUUACAUGUCGCUUGUCAUUGAUCACAUCUUGCUCAACCUCAAGCACCAGCAGUACGUUUCCCCUGAAAUCAAGUGGCAACUGACAGAUGCGUGCUUGAAGGUUGUGGAGAACAGUAUCUUGGCGUUCAAUAUCCAGCCCCUGUGUGAUUACAUUUACUAUGCCAGCAAGGACGUCCCCCAAUCCAUUGCCAGCUAUACCACUCUCUUGGAAGGCACUGUCAGUACCAAUAUGUCUGCUGGUAAGAGACCCUCUACUGAUCUGCAACACGCUCUUUUGGCUUGCGUCUCUCAUCCUGGUUUCGAUAUCCUCAUUCGCAUUCUAUCGGGUGGUUCCUUGAUCCAAGAAAUGUUCAAGAUUGUGGAAAAGGGCAAAGACGCCUUUGCAUCCAACUGCAAGACAAAAUAUGGCAGCAAGAACAUGCACUUGAAGAAUGCCAUGGCACGUUGUUUGCGCAUCUUUUCCAAGGUGUUUAGUGUGCAAAACAUGUUCGUCAAUGUGCUCAUACCUCAACUGAAACAAGACGCGCAAGACUUGCCCAUGGGUCAGUUCAAAUUGGGUCCAUAUACCUUCCCAUCGCCUCCUGCCGAGUUGCGCUCGCUUGCUAGCCACAUGCUGUACAACACUCAAGUCAUUGUCCAAAUCGCAUUGAUGGUGAAUUGCGAAGACUAUCAAGAUAUCUGCCGUUUAAGCAUCUCGGUGCUGGAAAGCCUUGCUUCUGCCCCUGAAGACGACUCUGUCUACAUCAAGUUCCCUCAACAUAUCAAUGUGCCUAUCGGUGGUUUGGGUUCUCGUUUAGCAGGCAUCUUGCUCUCCAGUGACAGUGCUAAUGAAAUUGUCUUUGGAUUUGGCGAGCGUCUCGAGAUUGACACGGCAGAAAUCACAACGUACGAUGACUAUGAAUACGAUUUCAACACCAUUCCAUUCUGGCUUGCUGAAAAGACCAUGAGCAACGUGUAUAGAUAUGAAAGUGAUGAAACAGAGUGCUACAGUUACACUGCAUCCGUGCGUAUUGGUAUCCUGGAUAUUCUGCUGAAGAGCAUGGGUAAGGAAGUGCCUUCUCCUACCAUUGCCGAGUUUUUGUUAGGCUACGAUGUGCAAGACCCUACUAUCAAGAGUAUUCAACAGAGUUCCCUGGUCACUGAUAAACGCGCUCGUUUAGCCUGUUUGCUGUCUAUCUUAUCUAUGGUGAAAACUGGCAUGGACACAGACAAGGACGAUGAUGGUGAAGACACUGAGCAAUCCACGUUGAUUCAGACACACCCUGUAUUAGCAGAAAAGUGCUUUCAAUUGAUUUACAAGCUGUGUGCUCGUGAAUCCACCUCUCGCAUUACAUUACAAUACCUUCGUGGUGGAGACGAUUUCAUGCUGAAGCAGUUCCAAGCUAUUUCAUGUCGUCUGGAAAGCUGUGUGUCUGUGGUAGAGCCUAACUUCGCCGGUGAACUGAUCUCUGCUGACCAAACGCGUGUCAAGACGGAUUACUUGACCUUGGUGAGUGUCUUGAAUCAACGUGCCUGGCUGUUGAAAUUGAUUGCAUUGGAUUUACACCAACUCGCUGGAACACCACUGAAAUCUGAAUCCACCCAAUUACUCAACUUGAUGUACGGCAUUCCCUCUGAUGAAGACAGUGCAAGCCUCACAGACAAACUCAAGUCCAUGCAGCUGGCUUCUGCUGGUACAGAACAUGGCUAUGAACAGCCCUUGUGGAAUCUAGUCGAAAUCAUCAAUUCUCUGGAUUUUACUUGGAUCGACCAACUGGAUGAUGCUGCUGCUGCUGCUGCUCAAAAGGACGAUACGUUUACUUACUUUGAAGGGUUUGACCCCAAGAAGCAUCUUGUCAAGAAAUUGGGUGAAUACGAAGUUUACGACAUUCGCAACGUUUAUAAGACAUUGCGCCAAUACCAACUCACGGAUCCCAGUGCCAAGUGCUUAUCUGAUGUGGACCGCACCAAGAUGGAAAUGGAGAUGGGUGCUGUUUUGAAACAACUCAUGGCAGAGAAUCGUCAUCGCGACAUUUCUUAUGGUCGUUUGCAUUGUCUACGUGCAUGGAAGCAGGUUGUGGAAAUCACCAUUUCUGAUUGCUUUGAAUCUUUCACCUUUGAAGCUCGUGAGCGCAUCAUUUACGACUUGCUGAACGUUUUGCUACCCAAGCUGGAAAGUGAUACAGGUCUUCAUGUCGAUAUUCUCAAGGGCUUGAGUCAAGUUGUGCUCAGCUUGUUGACGCGCCUGAGAGAAGACAAACGCCGUCAGGCCAUUCUUCAAGUGACACCUCCCAUGUUUACCAGUACGAGUGCCAAACUGCCUGUGGACAAGCUGCGUAACGUGUUUGUCAUGAUCAUCAACUGUACUUGCAAGGAAAAGACCUCUCGAGGUGUUCGCAGUACCAUGUACUCUGCUCUCGUCAAUCUAUUGCAAUACAUUGCACCCGAUGAUGGUGAUGUUUCCAACUGCAACGAUAGCUUGCAAGAGCUGUUCCGUACUCAAAUGGUGCAACUGUUCAAGGACGAUAGCGACAGGUCUCUCUUAAACAUCAUGUGCAAGGAUGCUCGUGAAGGCUUCGAUGAUUACAAGACAACCGCCUAUGCUGCUUUAGAAGCCAUCUAUGUUCUCUUGAACGAAGAGGGACGCUCAGAGAUGCUCCAACUUUUGGUAAAAAGUGCAUUUCUCAAGUACGCUAUUGAAGCCAUCGAAAGCUCCAAUGAGACGUUGCUGUAUAUUGUUGAGGAUCGUGAUGCCCCUUUGACUCCACUGAAUAUCCACGAGGCCAAGAUCUCGUUCUUGAUGCAAAUUGCUUUGAACACGGAAGGCGCCUCUCUGCUGCUGAACAACGGUCUGCUUCAAACGCUCAACAACUGCACAUUCAUGGCUGUUCAACCUGAUAACGACAACAACCCCAACGCCUUGAAGCGCUAUAGACGCUUGUUGAUUCCCAUCUUGGAGCUAGUUAACGUGAUGCUCAAAGACAAGAUGAACGACUUUAUGGCAUACGACAUGCUCAAGUUUGAAGAAUGGGUCAAGAAGCAAAGCAUUCUGCUGCACAUCUUAAAGGAUCAAAACAAGCAAACCACGCUCUCCGCCUUGUACAUACUGCAAUUGACCACAUCCUUGGUCUUCCAAUUGAGCUGUCAGCGCGAUUAUUUUGUGGGUUUAGAGGAAAGAGGACUGGACACGAUAGAUUCUGCCAUGAUGAACUUGAUUACCAAGUAUUGCCUGUCGAGAAACUGGGCCUCGGUUGUCGUGCCUACCAAUGAGGAAGAAGAGAAAUGGGCGACUGAGAAGGUGCCUGCUACUGUAAACAACUAUGAAAUGGGAUCCAUACUCGUUGCUAAAGCCGAUAAAUACAUUGUGGACAUCAUCAACAAUCUGUUGUCCUACGCCGAGGCAUCGACAUUUAGAAUAGUCAAGAAGCAAGAGGGCGAGUUAUUCAAACCCAUCUUUGCAAAUACCCUCGAUUCCAUCAAGAAUCGUGCACCCAAUUCAUUGCGUAAAGCGUCAUCUACCACACCUUCGUUGACAACGCUUGUCGCAUGCAUCUCGUUUACCGAUAAAAAGCUCACCACAGUCAUUGCAGAAUUCGAGUCUCUCUGUUCUCAAAAGAACAAUGUUGGCUCUUUAAAGUACGAGGAGAUUCUUGAGCUGGCACAAACCGCAAUUCACAAACGACUGGGUAUCCAAUACGACAGCUUGAAUCCCACCCAAAAGACGCAACUACUCACUACAGAGAUCACCAAUCGUUGCAAACUCAAGGCCAAAGAAAUGAACGAUCUCUUGUUUACGAUUGAAAAUGCCGUCUACAUUCUCUGGAGACAUUUGGAAUACUACCUGCGCACAGAGUCUAUUACGCGCAUCCAACACUUCAGUCCUUGUGAUCGUAGCGAUGAUGCCAAUGAGAAUGUCAUCUUGUUGCAACAAGCUCUGUUUCAAACAUCCAAAUCCGUCAUCAUCACUUUGAAAGCAGCCUGCCAAACUGUGUUGGAGCCUGUGUUGCAAAAGCUGGAAAAGAUUCCGAACGCAUAUCAAAAUGAUACUAAUCUCUCUCAAAUGUACAAACGUAUUAGAAAGUGUUAUAACUAA